GGGGUGGUUCUGUAUAUAAAGCCGCUCUAGCUCUAUACUCUACACCAUUCACUUCUCUCGUACCCUCAAACUCACAGCAUCCUAACACAAAUCAUUAAUCAUUAGCCAAGAAAAAAUGGAGCAAACUUUCAUCAUGAUCAAGCCUGAUGGCGUUCAGAGGGGCCUGGUUGGUGAGAUUAUCAGCAGGUUUGAGAAGAAGGGUUUCUCUUUGAAAGGCCUGAAGUUUAUCACUGUGGAUCGUCCUUUCGCUGAGAAGCACUAUGCAGAUUUAUCUGCUAAGCCCUUUUUCAGUGGAUUGGUUGAUUAUAUUGUUUCUGGCCCUGUUGUUGCUAUGAUCUGGGAGGGUAAGAAUGUUGUGUUAACUGGCCGAAAGAUUAUUGGAGCCACAAACCCUGCAGACUCUGCCCCUGGAACCAUCCGUGGUGAUUUUGCCGUUGAGAUUGGCAGGAACAUCAUUCAUGGAAGUGAUGCAGUUGAGAGUGCAAGGAAAGAGAUUGCACUUUGGUUCCCUGAAGGCCCUGUUCACUGGCAGAGCAGCCUUAGCCCCUGGAUCUAUGAAUAGAAGGCUGGCGGCCUCUAGUUGCUGAUGGAUGGUUAUCUAUUUUCAAUUCUACUUUUCUAUUUGAAGUCUGAUGUUGCCUAGUAUGGCUAAGACAUAAAACUUGUUUUAGUGCUUCUGGUUGAGUGUACUAUCUACCUAUUUAAAUGCAGUUUGAUAUUUUGAUCAAUUAUGAUUAAGCGAUGUUAAUUAUCCACAUACAUAAUCGCAUGAAAUUUAAUUCUUGUUCACUUGGAAUUAUAUUUCUAAGGAAUUGGCAAAAUUGAAACUUCUUCUGUCAA